UCUACAGUGAUGAGACUGAAAAUUAGCACUAAGCUAAAGUAAAGUUACUAACUAUACCAUAAUAAACACUAUCAUUUAUAAUAUGUCUAAGGCAAAUACUGAUACAGUAGUUGUUCCAGGACAAUAUAUUACUCCUACAUAUAAGUUACAAGAAGAUAGUAAUAUAAUUGAGAAGUAUAUAUCAGGUAGAGGUACGACAAUAUCACAAAUAAAAGCAUCAGAAACAUCAACUAUAACUGUAAUUGCUGCAUCUAUAUUAGGGAAAGUAUAUAUAAAUGAAAUAGAAGUUACUUCAGGUGAAGUUGAAGAUAAAAAUAAUGAACAAAAACAACAAAUAAAGACAUUUCUUGUUGUGGUUAUACCCAAAUCAAGUACAUAUUUAAAUUUUCAAAAGGAACAUCAACAAGCCCUUUCAAAUUCUAUUUCAAUUAAUUUACCUAAGGAAAAUGAUAUUGUAUUAGUAAAAGUUACUAAAAUUACCUUAAAACAAGUAUUUUGUGAAAUACUAACAGUAGAAAAUGGUGAUAAUGUACUUAAAGAUAGUGGACUUGGAGUUAAUGGAGAAUUAAGUCAUGCAUCUGUUAGUCCAAGUGGAGGAUCUGCUAGUUUAUCUAAUUAUCAAACAGUUGCAUCAAGUCAAUCAACCAUGAGUGCUGCACAAUUUCAAGAUAUUGGAGAAAAUUUCCGAGGAGUAAUUAGAUCUCAAGAUAUUAGAUCAACUGAAAGAGAUAGAGUUAAAGUAAUUGAAAGUUAUAAACCAGGUGAUAUAGUUAGAGCUAUGAUAUUAUCAUUAGGUGAUGGAUCAAAUUAUUAUUUAACAACGGCUAGAAAUGAUUUUGGAGUUAUAUUUGCUAAAAGUGUAAAUGGUAGUGGUAAUUUAAUGUAUCCAUUAGAUUGGCAAAAUAUGAUAGAUGUUAAUAAUGGAAUUAUUGAAAAGAGAAAAUGUGCUAACCCAUUUGCAUAAAAAUAUCAUUAAAAAUUAUUGUAUAUUAUUAUGUAUGUAUAUACUAAUCAUUUAUCUCAUACAUUGAGUUCAAAUGACAAUUGAAUA